AUGUCUUUCGACGCGGGAGGUGAAACAGUAGACAAUAAUUAUUGUCAGACGGGGAAACCUUGCGCUCACAGAAAUGCAUUGCUAGACAGCCCUAUCAGUUUGGAACCGAGUGGAGAGGCCAAGAGAUUACGGAAUUUCAGCUUUCCUAGUCCCACUAGCGACGCAAACGACUGGUCGUUUUUUCAUGCAAAGAGGACGAAUGUCAGAACACCAAAUUCUGCGGAAAGAAGCUGGGAGUAUUCACAGGUAUUGGGGGAAGGUGCCGCUGCUAGCGGUAGAAAAGAUAGUCAAGAGUCGAAUGGUGCCUAUUCUCGCAGCGAGGCGCUUUUCGACAAAUUAAGACGCUACAGCUUCAAUAGAGAUUCGAGAUCCAGUAACGAAGACUUCGGCAUAUUUGAUAUGUUCAAAGUGUCAUUAAACGACAAGAAAAGGAAGAGUGGUGAAAACAGUCCGAGAAAGCCGCUCAUGGUGUCAGAGAGACGCGACAGUGUCCUAUCUUCCGUAUCUUUAGGAAGUAAAGAUACAGAGCGGUCUUUAAAUACCAAAAGACCACAUCACCGUCGGACAAGUGCGAUGUCGCUAGAUAAAACGUCCCAGACGGCCGCAUACCCUAAGCAUCCAGUGGCUCGCAACGUUGAGCCCAGUCAUGACCAACAAAUUAUGCACCAAGAACAAAAAUUGCGUUUAGGUGUGAAUAGAGGUCGCUCCUUAGGUCAUAGUGAACCCGUCUCCCCCCACUUGACCAUCGAAAAUACUAAUGAACAAAUAAGAAGAAACUCGGAUGGAUAUUUUCAAAGUAUGGCUUUUUUGAAGACUAGAAGAGGCACUAACAACGCCGGCCCUGUUUUUGCUGGUUUUCCGGAAACAGGUGAUGUUUCUCCAUCUAUAAUCGAUCUUGAUACUAUAGAGUUUCAAACGCCUUAUGGCGAUACAAAAAAAGGUUAUUCGUUGUAUUCAUCAUCGUUAAGUCCUUCAUCAAAAAAUGGGAAUCUCGUUCUACUGGACUAG